GGAACGGAGGUUGUCACUUCCUUGGCGAUAUGACUGUGAGUAACGGCGGUUUCCCAGGAGAUUACUAUCGUCAUAAUUUUGACUCUCCCGGCGGCGGCUUUGAUGAUGAUAGCCGUCCUAAUGCUUCCGAUUGUUUCAAGAGAAAGUUUGUUGAAGAAGAUGAAACUUUUGGUGUCCCCAGAACGGUUUUACCCUUGUCUGACUUGUCAUCAUCCGAAAGGAAAAAGCUGGUUCAUACGCUUCGACAGGAGCUGCAACAGAUACGCUCCUUUCAGAAGACUGUCAACCUUCCUAAGUCUACGACUCUCACUAGUACACCUGCAUGCAAUUUGCCUCGUCCCACGAAGAGUUUUGGUAUGUCACGUUGCUCUACUACUA